AUGGUUUGCCAAACAACUUUUGACUACAACUUCUACAACAACAAUAAUGGCGAAGUGGCGAACGACACCCGCAAGAGGGUGACAAUCGUUGGUGGAGGAAAUUGGGGAUCCGCGAUUGCGUGCGUCAUCGGAAAGACCGUCAAAGCUCAGCCUGACGACUUCUUUCCGAUUGUUACCAUGUGGUGCAGAGAUUCAAGAAAACCAGGAGACACUUCUGAAUCAGUCGCUGACACCAUCAACAGAACGCAUGAGAACGCGAAAUAUCUUCCAGGGCGCCGCAUUCCCGAUAACGUCAUCGCCACGUCUAAUCUUCUCGAUGCCUGUUCGACCUCUCACAUUCUCAUUCUUGUUGUUCCACAUCAAGGAAUCGAGCAGAUUUGCAAUGAGCUGAAUGGAAGACUUCUUCCUGACGCCGUCGCCGUGUCGUUGACGAAAGGAAUCUCGUCGGAGAAUAAUAAGAUGAAGCUGAUCUCGCAGGAUAUCGAGGACUUCCUUGGUGUCGAAUGCAAUGUGUUGAUGGGAGCCAAUCUUGCCGGAGAGGUCGCUGACGAGAAAUUUUGCGAGGCGACUCUUGGAUGCCGCAGUGCCGAGAACACUGGAAUCAUUUUGAAGAAACUCUUCGAUACUCCCAACUUUCGAGUUAGAGUUACUGAUGAUUUUGAGGCUGUGGAAUUGUGCGGAGCGCUGAAGAAUAUUGUCGCUUGCGCUGCCGGAUUUGCUGACGGCCUCGGAUGGGCCUACAACCUGAAAUCCGCAAUUAUUCGCCUCGGUCUCAUCGAAACCCGAGAAUUUGUGAAUACUUACUACCCAUCGUCAAAAGGACACACUUAUUUGGAAUCGUGCGGAAUCGCCGAUCUAAUCACUACUUGCUAUGGGGGACGCAAUCGACGAGUUGCUGAAGCAUUCAUCAAAUCCGAUAAGCCUUUGAAGGAAAUCGAAAUGGAGCUUUUGAAGGGACAAAGCGCGCAAGGACCACCGACAGCUCAAGACGUGUUCGAAAUGAACGAAAUCUACGGUUUUUCCGAAAAAUUCCCGAUCUUCACUUCUGUGCACAAAAUCUUUGCCGGCGAGCAAACCCCGGACCAUCUUUACAAUUCGAUUCGAAGACACUUCGCCUACGAAUAA